AUGGCAGACGGAUUUAUCGUCCCAUCAACGGCUGCGCCAGAGACUGAUGCUCAGCACCGGUUGCGUGGGCCCAUCCAUGCGCAACGCCAUGUACGCAUCGUGUGUAUUGGCGCAGGUGCUUCAGGACUUCUGAUGGCAUACAAACUGCAAAAGCACUUCACGAAUUACAGCCUUCAAGUUUACGAGAAGAAUUCCGAAGUUUCGGGCACAUGGUUCGAGAACAGAUAUCCGGGAUGCGCAUGCGAUGUUCCCUCCCACAACUACACCUGGUCAUUUGAGCCCAAAUUGGACUGGUCUGCUGUAUACGCCAGCUCCAAAGAGAUCUUUGCCUAUUUCAACGAUUUCGCCCGCAAAUACGGUCUACGCAAAUACAUCAAGACGCAACACCAAGUCGCUGGCGCAAUCUGGAACGAGCAAAGGGGCGGAUAUGAUGUGCAGGUCAAAGACCUGGAGAGUGGCCAGACCGUCAACGAUCAUUGCGACAUCUUGAUCAAUGCAGGCGGCAUCUUGAACAACUGGCAAUGGCCUGCCAUCCCGGGUUUGGACAAAUACAAGGGCACAUUACUACACACUGCGAAUUGGGACGACAACGUCGAUCUCAAAGGUCGCCAUGUGGGCUUGAUUGGGAAUGGUUCCUCUGGCAUCCAAGUUCUCCCUACCAUCCAACCGCACGUCAAGAAAGUUACAACCUUCAUCCGCGAACCAACAUGGGUCUCACCAGUCCAAGGCCUCGAACAACACGUCUUUACCGAUAGCGAAAAGCUCGAAUUCGCAACCAAGCCCGGCGCAUUGGUUGAAUACCGAAAGAACAUUGAACGCGGCCUCAACGGCCAAUUCGGCAUCUUUCUCAAGAACACAAACGUCAACUCCGAGACAGAAGCCUACUUCCGCCAGCAGAUGACCGAAAAGCUUAACAACGAAUACCUACAAGAGCGCUUGAUCCCGAACUGGCAUGUUGGGUGCCGAAGACUGACACCAGGCGUUGGCUAUCUCGAAGCACUAGGGAAACCCAACGUACAAACUGUCUACGGCGAGAUCAACUCCAUCACCGAACGCGGCUGCCUAUGUGACGAUGGCAACGAAUACCCCAUCGACGUGCUCAUCUGCGCCACCGGCUUCAACACAUCCUUCAAGCCACGUUUCCCUGUGAUAAACUCCUCCGGUGCCAACCUACAAGAUGCCUGGGCCAAAGAACCAUGCUCCUACUUCGGCCUCGCCGCUGCCGAUUUCCCGAACUACCUCAUCUUCCUUGGGCCCAAUUGCCCCAUUGGUAAUGGUCCUGUCCUCAGUGCUAUCGAAGCGCAGGCAGACUACAUGUGCAAGCUCAUCGAUCGCUUCCAAACACACAACAUAUCGACGUUUGCCCCAAGAGCUGAGGCCAUCGAUGACUUCGUCGCCUUCAAGGACGAAUACAUGAAGCGUACGGUCUGGAACGACGGCUGUCGCUCAUGGUACAAAUCGCUCGGCGCUGACGGCCCUGUAACCGCGCUCUGGCCUGGUUCUACUUUGCACUACAUCGAGGCACUCAUGGAGCUGAGGCUAGAGGACUGGGAUGUAAAAUACACUGGCAACAGGUUCUCAUGGCUGGGCAAUGGAUACUCGCAAACGGAGAUUGAUCCUACCGCCGACUGGGCUUUCUAUGUUAGGGAUAGAGAUGACGAUGAGCCGAUCUCAAGGCUGAGAAAGUUGCAGUUGAUUAACAAGAGUGGGACGGUUGAGCCGAGUGAAGGGGUGAACUUUGCAGGCGGAAGGGCAAAGACGGAUGCGGUGGUGGAGUCGAAACUUUAG